AUGGUGCUUGAAGGAAACUGCUCCGGCGGCGACACACAGUCUUGCUCAAUAUGCUUGGCUAAGUGGACAGUUGCACCGGUCACCAGUAACGACGACAGCGUUUUCUGGGUGCUGCCACUACUUCCGUCUCUGUUGCGUCGAUGCAUGCCCGACUAUGAAGAAGAAGCCGAUAUUUCGUCACCAAACAAUGCCACUCUUCCACCCACCAACAACGUUCCACCUCCCAUUACGCUAACUCUUCCUUCCGACGUAACGACGACUGAUCUUUUGAUUCGUGCCUCCUCUGAGGAAGCAACUAUAUAUGAUGGCAAUAUAGUACAAAAUCUGGUUGAGGGGUUUGUGAUUCAUGACCGGAGUGCUCCUGGGGAAAAUGAAUUCCAGGAGAUUAGUAGCCCUGGGUGUGUCUCAAAAACUCUCAAGUUGAUGGUGGUUAAGUUGGUUGAUGGCUACCUUGCUGAAAUGGUAACAGGCUUUUCAAGACCAUCUCAUGAUGGACUUUACCACGCCAUUGACAUGUAUCUGAAGGAACACCCUGGAAUCAGCAUGAGUGAGAGAAAGAGAAUACGCCGGCUAAUGGACUACAAGAGACUAUCCACAAACACUUGCAUGCACGCUGUUGGGGCAGCAGCAUCAUCAGCAGGCAGUAGUACAUUUGAUCUACCAGGGUCUGUUAGGGCCUUACUCCCAAGUGGAUCCCAUGGAAGCUCCAGCUUAUUACCCAUCUCGGCAUCUUCAACACUUGGCGGCUCCACAUUGAAGGAUGGAAAUGGUGGAGAUCCUGCCAUCAGAAUUGAUCUCGGAACCACCUGCUCUUGUGUUGGAUCCAAAGAGGAUGGUGCCAAUAAUGAUGCAUCGGGAGAGUUGAAGAAACUUGACAGCUUUGGGAAAUGGAUGGAUAAAGAAAUUGGUGGGGACUGUGAUGAUUCCUUGAUGGCGUCUGCCUCUGGAAAUUAUUGGAAUACACUUGAUACGCAGAAUGACAACAAGGAGAUUGGGCUUAUUCUGAAGAUGAAACAAAGGUUUCAAUCAUAG